GACCGCACUAGCGACGACACUGUCACCAGGCAUGGCGUUCGCGAUCUCGUUCCGCCGGACUUCCAAAAGCUUCGCCGUCCGUUCCCUCACCUUUCGGGCUCUCUCCCUUCGUCGCUCCUCUCUUCUCAGCUCACUGGCGUCAUAGCAUCCUCCUCGGGCAACGUAACUGCGCCGCCCUUUGCCAGAUCUUAAGCACCGGCUGCUUCUUCCGGUACGUCCCCGUAUUUUCUCUUCCGUAUCCUCACGCGUUCCCAUGUACUGUGGCUUCUCCGGUAGUUCCCUUGUGGUGAGGGGAAAACCCUCCUUUUAUCAUCCUCGCCGUGUCUCGCUGCUCGACGAUGGAGGCGGUGUCGAAUUUUCGCUCCAAGGGCUCUCCUUAAAUCCUAGAUUUCUGCUCUAUGGCUACUACUUGAGGCGGUCCAGCCUGAUCUAUUGGUCGCCUCUGAGAACCUUCCUCACUGGGCAUGGUGAGCAUAUUUAUUCCAGUACGAGCCCUUGCAAUGGAGAGCCGCGCUAUGCAAGGCUUUUACUUAAGGAAGGAGGUUGUAAGGGUUGUCGUUGUUGCUGUCAGACUUCCCAGCAAAGCUUUCGGGAGUACUACAGAGAAGACUCCGAUGAUAUGAUUUGGGAGAACGAAGCGGAUUAUGCUGAAUUCGAUCGUGGGAGGCGGUAUGCCAAGAGAGGAGCUCAGAUCAAAUCAAUUGGUGACAAAAAGGCGCGAUCUUUAAGGGCGAGGACUACUGGAUCGAGCACAGUCUGCCCCUCGUGUGGGCACGAUGGCGAGGAGAAUAGGGAGCGAAAGUUUGGCCGUGAAUCACAGCAUAGCUCGCAAAGUAAGAGGGCAUGUGGUGGCAAGAAAGUCAAUGCUAUGCGAAGAGAGGUUUAUCAAGUCCGGAAAAUGGAGGAUGAUGUUAGUCAUGACUCAAGCAAUGAAUCAGAUUAUGUAGAGAGAAGUGUGGGGAUCCGCAGUAGAAAGGCAAGGACUAAGUUAAUAGCUUCAGCUCAUCAAGAAGAAGAUGAUCAUUGUGUCAGUGAAGAAGUCUAUGCCACGGCAGCAAAUUCACAGAGAAAACGUGGAGAUUAUGGAAGACUCUCCAUGCCAAAUGAGGAUACUAAUGUAGCUAUAAUUUCAAAGAAUGCAGUUAAUUUGAGAAGGGUGGACAAUGAGAAGCAUUCAACUUCGUUGAUGAAGAAGCAUGGUGAAGUGUAUCAGAGACUAGUUGAACAAAAUGACCAGGAACUCGACAAAGGAGUGCAAAAAGGUUCUUCAUUGAGUGUUUCAUCUCAAAGAAGACGCGAAGAUCAGCAUACAAGACAAAAAGUUGUGGAGCUGGAGUCCAGGAAAGGAUCACGAGAACUUCAAACUGUAUCUGGUACACAUGAGUAUGGCACAAUGAUGGCUAGAUCCAAGAAAUCUGUUGAUGAAAGUAAGUUUGACAUGGCAGAAAGUUCAGCAUCUCCACUGAAGCAGCAUCACCAAGUAGACAAAAGAGUAGUUGGACAAGCUGAACUGAGAACUGAUGUCAGUAAUGAAUAUUUUCAUAAUCAGGAUCAUGUUUCUAGGAUAAACGAGUCUAGCAAAGGAUCUCAAAGUUUUUUGAGAAUGUCCGAGAUAUGUGAGGACAAUGUUAAUACAAUCUCACAUAACAUGCUUGAUUCAAGGAAGGAGAGCAAGGACAUUUCUAUAUCAACCUUGAAAAGGCAUAUUGACUUAGAUCACAAAGCAGUUGGAAGCAAUCAAAGAACAGAACAUGUACAGAAUCUUAGGCGCAUAGACGAAAUCCAAAGUAGCAACAUCUUGACAGCCUCAAAUGAAGAGAGGCAACAUGAGCAAGUGAUGGUAAGGAAGACAGAUGAUAAAUUAAUUUCAGUUCACAAAGCAAGAGAUAAAAGAGAUCAAGUUGACCAACAGAUUAUUGACUAUAAGGAACUUGAUGCACAGUACAAAAAUGAUUUUUCUGGGCAAAAGUUAAGGGGAAACAAGAUUAACAGUUCAGAAGUUAUUGCUCAAUCAAGGAUAGAUGAUCAGGCAGACUAUUCUACUUCAACUGUGAAUCUAGUUUAUCAAGCAGGGAGGCACCAAAACCAAUCAAGAGGAGGCUAUGAGCAAUCCGUUUCACAAAGUGAAACUGGAACAAAAUCUAGUAAUUCUGAGUUGUCAACAAAAGAUAGUGGAAGGAUGUCAACAGCUCAAAUCCAAUAUAAUUCAGUUACAAAAAAUGAUCUCUACAUUGGUCAAAGCUUUUCAAGAAGAGAAUCUCUGAAGGAUACUGGAAUACCUCAGCACUCAGUGACGGCCCCUCAGAGACAAGCUAAUUCACAAUUGAUUUGUAAUACGAGAAUUGUUGACCAGAAAGAGAAUUCCUCAUUGUCACUGGUGCAGGAUGAGAAAAUGAAAGCGAACAUUUUAACUGGAGAGAAUUCACAAUCUAAAAGUCAAGGAAUCUCUUCCCAUGAAACUCCAGAGGGUGGCUCCAGCUCUGAUUACACACAUAUCCAACAAUUUGAUAGACAAACUAGUAAAGAUGAGAUAUACCUAGUCAAAGGUGAUAUACUGGGUUCUGCUAGUAGAUUGGAGAGUUCUUCUGCAAUGUAUGUUGAUGAUUUUGUGGAUAAGAUAAGGCAGGAGACGUCAAGUUUUAAAAUAUCUUCUGAAACUUCGACAGAAGAAACACAUAGUAAAAGCCAUCAAGAAACUAUGUCCAUGCAGUUAGGUGGACUUGGUGUCAUGUCACAAGACAAAGAUGACAAAUACAUAAAGGAAAGUCCAAGGGGAUCUACAUCUGGAUCUGGAAUAAAAGGUCCAUCAGAUGAGGUGUGGGAAGUUAGAAACACAAUUUCUCAAGAAGAUAAUAGGAAAGAGCUGGGAGGAAAUGGUUUAUCUGCUGGAAUAGUGGAUUCUACAAUUACAUCAAUUGCAGAAAAUAUUAAUGCUAAUUCAACAAUUACUUCAACUGCAGAAAAUACUAAUGCUAGAAGAACCUCUAGGUCCUUGUGGACACACAUAUCAGAUAUUAUUCGGAUGGGUUGGAUCCGUCGUGCUGAAUCUCACACUUCAACUCAUAAAUCAGGCAAGAAGAGCUCCUCUGAAGGCAGUGAGGCUUGGUUUUCUGGUCAAGAUGCAAGCGAUAAUGAUAAUGAGACCAAUGGACAAAGCAGUGAUUUGACACAGUUAUUGCCAGUUGGAGCCCCUAUUGAACAAGGCCAUGAAGCAUAUUCAAAUAUUACUGGGGGAAAUUUGGAAGCACCAGAUGUUGUAGUCAUGCAGUCGGGAAUCACUGAAUCCACCUCAAUGGGAGUUUCAAGGGGUUAUGUAUCAGUAGGUGCCUCCAUUGAUUCAAGGCCGAUAGAGAUAGAAUUGGCUGAUAAUGAAAAGGGAUCAGAAGAUAUUACUUCUAGUACAAUUCCAUCUUACCAAGUACCACCACUAAUUGGUUCUGCACCUUCAGUUUCCAUGGAUGAAGGAAUAUCUUAUACAGGAAAUCUUACCAUACCCAAUUCUGGCUCUGGCUACAUCGAAGCGGAAGAAAAUCUGAUAACAGAUAAAAUAUCUGAAGUUGAUAAAAAUGAGACGAAAAAUGGGGAUAUAAAUAGGAGAAAACUUCAAAGGAAUAAGCAAGUACUGAAAGAAACAUUUGAAGAUUGGGAAGAAGCAUACAGGCUCGAGAGUGAGCAGAGAAAAAUUGAUGAGUUUUUUAUGAGGGAAGCUCUGGUAGAAGCACAGAAAGCUGCAGACAUCUGGGAGGUACCCGUUGGGGCUGUGCUGGUGCAUCAAGGGAAGAUAAUUGCUCGUGGAUUCAAUCUAGUGGAAGAAAGGAGAGACUCGACUGCCCAUGCUGAAAUGAAUUGUAUACGUGAAGCCUCUAAUGUUCUUCGGACUUGGCGGCUUGCUGAAACAACACUUUAUGUGACACUUGAACCCUGCCCAAUGUGUGCUGGGGCGAUCCUCCAGGCUAGAAUUGAAACCGUGGUGUGGGGAGCUCCUAACAAACUAUUAGGAGCUGAUGGCAGCUGGAUCAGGUUGUUUCCUGGUGAUGGAGGAAGCAAUAGCUUAGAUGGAUCGAGCCAAUUACCGGGUCCUGUCCAUCCGUUCCACCCAAACAUAAAAUUAAGGCGUGGAGUCCUUGCAACUGAAUGUUCAGACGUACUACAGCAAUUUUUCCAACUCAGAAGGAAGAAGAUAAAGAAGCAGCAAAAGUCAUCACCCGAGUCAGACUUGCCAGUACCAAAUCACCCAAUAAAAUUGUUCACAAGGAUGCACAACCUGUUCUCUGUAUUUUGCUUAUAGACUCGAGUAUAUUAGCUCAGGUAUAACUUUAUAGUUCCAUGCCUAUCUACAAGUCGGUUAUCCCUUACAAUGUACACUUGCCCUAUGUUGUAUUGAUCCCCUCAGAGCCUUCCCUUGAUCAAUCCCGACAUCUAGUGAUGACUUUAUAGAUUUUCAGUGUAUCUCAUGCCUACAUUUGCAGAAGAAGUGCCAUUAUUCCACGAUUGUAAUUUGGACAAUUUGCAUUGGUUAAUUGCAAGCACUUGAGAAUGAAAGUAAUAAUUGUGCUGAA